AUGGUCUGUGUACCUUGCAUUUUCGUUGGCUUAGCUAUUGUCAUUUGGUGUAAAUUUCUUGAACCAUACAUUCGUCCAAUUUAUGAACGACUCUGCCAGUAUUAUCCACCGUUGAGAAUCGUUGGCACUCAGCUUGGAGUUUGGGGUGAAAAAUUAGAGCAAUUCGGAGCGAAACUUGGUAUUCGUAUGCCAGAAUCAUGUCCAAUGCCAAAGAAGAAAACAGAUGCUUCGAAAUGUCCAGUUGCUGGUAACAACAAAUUGUAUCCUGAUUUAUCGACAGCAACAAAAGAAGAUAUGGACGUACAUCAUCGAACAACAGCUCAUAGCGAAUAG